AUGUGGAAGUUCAAGUUGACACCUCCGGGCAACACGGAGCCAGAUAGGGAUAUCAUCCCACCCGAUGUAGAGGACCCUCCGCCCCAGAGAAGCCAGACACGGACGCCCUUCCACAACAUGGCAUCUCAGCCGUCCUCGUUCCCCGAGACUCUGCCGCCUCGGCCGCAGAAGUCCAAGGAUGAUCGUCUAUGUCCCGGAGCACGUUUUUGCUGGCCCUUUGACUGGUCCUCCUGGUCCCUCAACACCAAUGGCGACCACGCGCUGCUCAUGCGACGCAUCUGCAUGUGGGUUACGCUGGCAGUACGCACCUUCACCUACAUCAUGAGCCUCAUCUUGAACCUCUACGGCUUCCACUUUGGCGCCUUCGUCAUCGGCAUCGUCUUCACCGUCCUUGGCUUCUUCUUCAUCGCCUGGUGCCUGGUGGGAAUCGCCGAGGCCAAGGGCAGCCGCCGCGUUCUGGGCACUUCCGUGAACCGCUGGCAUUUUGACGUCUUCUUGCUCGGGUCCGCUGUGAUCCACAUUGGCCUCAUCUUCAUCCUUUUCUUUGCCCGGUCCGCCACCGGUUUCCUCACUACCUGGUACGGCAUGUGGAUUUUGAUUUUCGCUGCCAAGUGGAUCACGGCUUGGACGCCCGAGGAGCAAAGCAACGUCUAA